CUCAUUUAAUUGCUUAGGUCUUGCUAAGAUGUUGAGAUUGGUCUUGAACUUGUGAUCCUCCUGCCUCAGCCUCUGCAGUUGCUGGGAUUACAGGUGUGUGUUGCUGCACCCGGCUUCAUUUAUAUUUCACGUGUACCUUCAUGGCUGGAAGGAAGAGUCCGCCGAAGGAGAAGGUCAUGGACUUGAUGUCCUCUACUUCCAUCCUGCCCCUGCUGUUAGGCUGCCUGGGCAUCUUUGGCAUCUAUCAGCUGCUGCAGUGGAUGCGCAUGAAGGCCUACGUUCAGAAUACUGUGGUGGUGAUAACAGGCGCCACCUCGGGGCUGGGCAGAGAAUGUGCCAGAGUCUUCCAUGCUGCAGGUGCUAAGCUGGUGCUCUGUGGCCGGAAUAUAGAGGCCCUCGAAGAACUCACCAGAGAGCUCACUGCUUCUCAUACCUCCCAGAAGCAGACGCACAAGCCUUACACAGUGACCUUCGACCUCGCAGACACAGGGGCUACUGUUGCUGCAGCAGCUGAGAUCCUGCAGUGCUUUGGCUAUGUGGAUGUACUCAUCAACAAUGCUGGGAUCAGCUACCGAGGGACCAUCACAGACACCACAGUGGAUGUUGACAAGAGGGUCAUGGAGACAAACUACUUUGGCCCUAUUGCUCUAACAAAAGCACUCCUGCCCUCCAUGAUCAAGAGGAGGCAAGGCCACAUCGUCACCAUCAGCAGCAUCCAGGGCAAAAUCAGUAUUCCUUUUCGAUCAGCAUAUGCAGCCUCCAAGCACGCAACCCAGGCCUUCUUUGAUUGUCUGCGUGCUGAGAUGGAACAGGAUGGGAUCCAGGUGACUGUCAUCAGUCCCGGCUACAUCUAUACCAACCUCUCUGUAAAUGCCAUUACCGCGGAUGGGUCCAGAUAUGGAGCUCUUGACAAGAACACAGCCCAGGGCCGAAGCCCUGCAGAGGUGGCCCAAGAUGUUCUUGCUGCUGUGGGGAAGAGGAAGAAAGAUGUGAUCGUGGCUGACUGGCUGCCUUCCUUGGCCAUUUAUCUUCGAACUCUGGCUCCUGGGCUCUUCUUCAGCAUCAUGGCCUUCAGGGCCAGAAAUGAAAGAAAAUCUAAGAAUUCCUAAUCCUGUCCAGAGCUAGCAGCUCCAACCAGUUUGAGCUAGGAUGAGAAGCCACACUUCCCUAGGCUUGCCUGCUCUUCAAGGGACAGCUGUGCUUGAGACUUUAAUGGCAAUUUGCCCUCCAGGUGGAAAAGACUGAAGAAACUUUUCUUCUGCAGGUCCAUGAUGCAGCCCCAGGCCAUGAGCUUCUUCCUAGAGGUGAGGGAUAAGCACUUAAGGAAUAAAUAUGGAGAUGGGUUUCCACUCUAAAAACAUGAAAUAAAUGAUAGGGAUAGUAAGAGUCAUGAACCUCAGUGACUAGAAGAACUGAAGCCUGUCCUUUGAAUUCCAGCCUUGAUGACUCCUAGAAAACUGUCUUGGAGUCAGAUGUUAUAACAUCACCUGACCCAGUUGUUCGAGUUUGACAUAUCCAAGACCACUUGACCCAUUUGCUUUGGAGGGGACAACUAUCAGCACUUGGGAGAGAAGGUUGUAUUUUUAGGAAAUCAUUAUUCAUAUCCCUUUCCAGGAUCCUGUGAUAGCCCAUUUGAUAUAGAAAAUGGUGGGCUACUGUGUGAUGGGUUCUAUGGCACAUCCCAAGUGGCUUUAGCACCAAAAGGAAUUCCCUAUGUUCCUUCUCACUCUAACCACAGCCUUAGAGUAUGCCAGGCAUCAUUCAAGCAGAUGAAUUUCCUAAAGAGGCAGCAACCAGAAGGGAGACCUCUACAUGGCCGUAGACAUCCUCUAGGAAAAGAAACCUUUGGAGACUGGCCUGGUGAGCAGAGCUGAAGCAGCAGCUAGUUUCCAGGUGGAAGGAGUUCAUUUGCUGAUUAUAGUCAGAGAGAAGGCCUGGGUCCACCUUUGAUUUAUUAAAAGUACAUAGUUGAAGUUCUUGAGUGAGUCACUUCAUUUAGGGAGAAGUUUUCCUAUUAAUGAGAAUGAAGUUGAAAUAGUAGGUCCACUGUAGACUUCCCCAAAUUGGGAUAAAAAUCUCCUAGCAUAUGAUGUUGAUGUCUGCACUGACCUAACUCUGGCUCUGUUCACCUUUUGUUGUAAACAGCUGCCUCUGACAGGAGCCUGGGGUUAGGGCUCUGGAGUAGAUGAACAAGUGGAUGAUUAGCUGGGGCCCUGGCUCACAGCACAUCCUGGACAUUCCAGAGCCUUGGGUAGAAUGUGAAUAUGCACAAGAUGGGUGGUUCUUAUCUUGCACGGGAAUCACCACCCCAUUCCUGACAUCAGAGAGAGGGUUUCUUAGUGUCUGGGGAUGCUGGGGCUGAGACAGCAGCAACUGUUCCAGAACUAGCCCAGUCUUAAGUGAAGUGAAACUGCCAAGCAUGUAGCAGGUUCGGGGAUAGGGGCUCCCUCUCUAAAUGGAGCAAGAGAACACUUCUUCUUAGACAUUUAUUGACUGGCACUUCUAGAAUGGCUGAUGUCCAGGUGCUGUUCCUUUCUUGUCUAUUAAAUAAAACCAUCAGCAUUGGAUAUACUGCCCUCAAAAUGAGA